AUGGCGGACAGCAAGCCCGAAGAAGGCCAUCAGACCGGCUUCCCGCAGUCGCCCUCUGCUUUUGAUGACGACCCGCGCGUCUCGUUCUCAAGGCUGGACGACAAGUACAUCCUCGAGACCGAUGAGGGCAACGAAUAUGAAUGGGAUAGCGAUCUCAAACGAUGGGUACCCGUGUUAGACCAGGAGCUCCUGGAUCAGCAAGCGGCAGUUUACAGAGUGGAGGGAGUAGACGAGAAUGCACCAGCGGCACAGAACAAAAAGAAGCGGAAACAGAAUGGCGACGAGUCUGGUCAGAAGCAGAAAAAGGCGAGGGUCAAUACUGCCUGCUAUGUCACAUCUCUUCCUCUUGAUGCGGACAAGGACGAGAUCAAGCAUGUCUUCGGCAAGAUGGGGAUGAUUGCAGAAGAGAUCGACUCUGGCCAGCCUCGAAUCAAGAUGUACGAGGAUGACAAAGGCCAGUUCAAGGGCGAUGCACUCAUCGUCUACUUCAGACCUGAGUCUGUUGACCUCGCCAUCCAGAUGCUCGACGAUACCGAGUUCCGCCUAGGGUCCCAGGGUCUCAAUGGCAACAUGCGGGUCCAGGCAGCGGACUUCUCAUAUAAGGCUCAGCAGGAGGCUCCCGAAAAGAAGAACAAGCGCGACCAACAGAAAGUGAUCAAGAAGACGCAGAAAAUGAACCAUCGCUUGGCUGAUUGGGAUGACGACGAUCCGCAGCAGCUGGCAGAGACCAGCUCAAAAUGGGACAAGGUUGUCAUUCUGAAGCACAUGUUCACUCCGAAGGAGCUUGAGGAGGAUCCUUCCGCCAUUCUGGAUAUCAAGGAAGACAUUAGAGAUGAGUGCUCGAAGCUCGGAAACAUUACCAAUGUCGUCUUGUACGAUUUGGAGGCCACUGGCGUUGCAAGCGUCAAGUUUACCGACCCUGAUGCCGCUCUGGCGUGCGUCGAGCUUAUGAACGGCAGGUGGUUCGACGAGCGUCAACUUGAGGCUUACAUCGCCAACGGCACCGAACGGUUCAAGAAGUCCAGCGAUAAGUCGCAGUUACUCGGUGGCGAUGAGAAUGAGGACGAGAACGAGGAAAGUCGGAUAGACAAGUUCGGCGAAUGGCUGGAGGAAGAGAGGUAG